AUGAACACCUGGGCGCGUGCCCUUCGGCGCCGCCUUCGGGUCCUCGACUCUGCGACCCCCGCUGCUUUCGAGCGCCGAAAGUGCUCGAUGGAGAUGGCUGAUUUGGUUCUGUGGACUGCUUGUCCUGGUUGCUCUGAGGCACAGCAAGCGGGCUGUGGGAAUGGAACCCGAGGCGUAGAUAUGCUGAAGGUUGCGUUAUGCGUGUGUGUGCGGACUUUCGUGGACGAUUUAUGCGUGCAGUAUGGUAUGGGAAGAUGGUCUGAGAAAGGUAUUGGGUGCCUUGCAUCCUUGUGGCGCUCCGACGCAGCCAGGCUAAUGUGGCUCACUCCCCUCGCGACUUCCAGAGAGACAAAGUGGAAACAUCUGCUGUCGCAAUUAUCAUUCUGGAACGUCCGUGUCACUCACACAGAAGUGUGUUGCCGCUGCGUAUUCCAAGUGGCACAUUAUGUAAACUUACGGGACGGGAGACGCCACGUGUUAGGCAAAUUUUCAAGUGUAUUCUUCGAGAGUUGUAAAGAUAUUUCGAAGUUUCGAAGACCAGGAGUUCUAAUCUCGACUGAACUCCAAGCUGCAGUGUCUUGGAGCGCCCACGUGUUCAGACCAGGGAGUCUUGUUGGCACCAGUAACACUUUCACUGUAGCCUGGGGCCGGUGUCCGCAUCCUCAGCCCACCGGAACAACUCCAAAACUUUACUUAAGAUUACGGACCUAUGCAUCGGCGGCGCUGGCGGUGGCGCUCGUGUGGGCGUGUGCGAGGAGCGUCCGGGCAGCUGCCGAGGCGGAGGCCGACCCCGAUCCAGGGAGGAACAGGAGGCAGCUUUCCGCCGUCAACAGCAUGUUACGACACAUGGGACACUCUUUCCAAUCGGGCUUGUACACUCUGGGCUCGACGCUGGACAGGCAUGUGGUGCCCCACGUGCGCUAUGCCGCCGAGCGAAUCACCGAAGACGUGGCUCCGUCCAUAGGGCAUGCGCUGAUGCGGGCCGGAAACCAGGUGGCCCUGCGCACCGCCGAGGGCCUGCAGGCGGGCGCGCAGGUCAUUAAGACGAGAAUCGUGCCCGCCAUCGAGGAGCGGCUAGUGCAGGCCAGCAACGCGGCCGUGCCCGUCAUCAACCACGGCCUCGACGUCCUCGAGGCCACCAUCCAGAAGAGCGCCGACGUCGUGUCCAAGUCCACGGCGAAGGGCAUCGACCGCCUCAGCUCCAAGGUUCUGGGCGAGCAGCGGCACACGCGCGUCAAAACAAUCGCUAAUAACAUCCACGGGGGCAUUAACAACGGCCUUAACAGCUUGGCGGGUGCAAUUAACAACCUCAACUCACGCAAUACUAACAACGACGCCUUUACUGACCAAGACUACCACGAUUACGUCAUUUCGCAAUACUCGGGCGAUUCCUCCCGAGGCCCUCAGUACGUGCCAGAGUACCCGGACCGACACUACCCCCCGGACUACCCCACAGACUACUCGCAAUACUCAUACCAACAACCGACUCCGCCCCGAACAGUGGGCGGCGCCCUCUCGCAGGUCGUGACCAACGGCGCCUACACUCUCUCGAGACACGUCCUCGGACACAACCUGACCGACGCCCUGGCGCCCAUCGCCAAGUCCGUGACUAAUGUCGUUGGACAAACUAUCCCUGCAGUCUCGCUCGGCGAUGGCCGCAUUGUCAUAGACCUGCCCAACACGGACGUCGAGAGGGACGACUCCGCCCGCAGCUGCACCACGCCCGUGGGGGAGGCCGGCCUCUGCAAGGACCUCAGCGACUGCCCGAACCUCAUCCUCGACCUCACGAACUUGCGGAAGUCCGUCUGCUUCAAGAGCCUCUUCGUCCCUGGUGUCUGCUGUCCUAUCAAGGACCUGGACCUGAACAGCGUGCACAGCCCGUCCUCCGUGACCAGCCGCCCCCGCCCUGUCACAGUUCCAACUCAGCGGCCUCAGCCACUGCCUCCUGUGCCUGGAACCUCACCUCGGCCUGUUCCCAUACAACCUGUAGCAGAGGUCGCGCAGCCUAACUUUGAAUGCGGGCAGCCGAAGAUCCCGACCUUCCGCGUGGUUGGCGGCGUCGAGUCCCGAAGAGGCCAGUGGCCCUGGAUCGCAGCCAUCUGGUUGCACGGACCCAAGAAGACGGUGUUCUGGUGCGGAGGAUCCCUCAUCUCAAAGCAGUACGUCCUCACCGCCGCUCACUGCACCAAGGACACGCGGGGAAAGACAUUUGAUGCCCAGCAGUUUAGCGUGCGUCUUGGGGACCACAACAUCUUCAGUGAGAGUGAUGACUUCAUUUCCAACCCACAGACAUAUAGGGUCCUGUCCAUCCGCCCUCACCCCGAAUUCAUCUCGCACGGCUUCUACAACGACGUGGCGCUCCUGAAGCUCGACCGGCCCGUCGACUUCACGGAAUACAUCCUGCCCGUGUGUCUCCCCUCGACGGACAUGGCGCGGCAGCCUCUAGACCACAUGGUCGGCCAGACGCCCUCGGUCAUCGGCUGGGGCUCCACUGCCUACGGUGGCCAUGAGAGUGCCGUCUUGCGCGAAGUCCAGGUGCCAGUCUGGAAAAACAGCGACUGUGACGAUGCUUACACGCAGCCCAUCACCAACGCCUUCAUCUGUGCUGGCUUCACGGAGGGAGGGCGCGAUGCCUGCCAGGGUGACAGCGGUGGCCCUCUGCAGCUCUACAUCAACGGGAACUGGAUUCAGAUUGGCAUCGUUUCCUUUGCCAUUCGUUGCGCCGAACCGGGGCAUCCCGGCGUCUACACAAGACUUACAGAAUUCUUGCCUUGGAUACACUCAAACAUGAUAUAAGGGUACUGCUAUGCCGUGCAUGGCAGAUCACUGUGAUACCAGUAUGUAGAAAUGAACAGACCUUACAGUCAACAUUUGCAGCAAGACUUACAUUGCUAUGUUCACAUGUAAUCUGGUCUGGAACUACUUCUCUUUGUAAUAAGUUUAGGAUAUGCCUGUUGUGUAGUGUUUACAGAUGAACAAACAUGUUAUUUAUUCUUUUUGUUAGUAUAAACUUUAUACAGAUAACAAGAAAAUAAGGUUUUUCAAUUGUUCUAGUUUUAAUACUGUUGUGAUUUAUAUUUCUGUAGUACUUUUAUAAACAACUGUCUUUAGAAACCUGUUAGUAUUAAUUAAAUAAUUAUAGUUAGCAUCUGCAAUCAUAUAUUUGACACUGUAUUGUGCAUUUUCAUCAAAUUAAUUCCAUUCAGUUCAUAUUAUAUCACUCAUUGGUCAUUGCUAUGUUGCACAUAUUAUUAGCUAACUACUGGCUGCAAUGAUAGCCUAGUUACGAUCUCUUUUCCCCUCCCUUGUAAUGCCUGUAAAAUUUACAGUUAGAGAUGUUACCUGCUUCUCUUCAGUGAUCUUACAAAAACCAACUAAUUCUGCUGGACAGAUCCAUCUUUUUGUAAAUGUAUGUAAAUAUGUUACAUCAUUAAAGAAUAAAUGCCAUAUGACUUAU